AUGGAAGGAAUCGUCUGCAGGAAGAAGACGAGGUCGCCGGAGUACACGGAGGAGCAGAUUGAGACGGUUAAAACACAGUGUCGGUGGAUGACCAAAAAAUACCGCGGGACGUCUUUCGUUCUGGACGACGAAAGCUAUUUUCCGCUGUCCAAAACGCAUAUUCCAGGAAAUGAUAAUUACUACUCCAGCGACAAGUCAUCCACACCGCCUGAAGUGAAAUACAAGUUGAAGCACAAGUUUGAAAAACAGGUUAUGUUGUACAUCGCCAUUUCCGACCGGGGCAUUUCAAAGCCUUGGUUCAAGCCGAGCGGUCUGGCAAUCAACCAACAAAUCUAUCAAGAAGAGUGCCUCGAUAAAAUCCUGCUGCCGUUCCUGAACGAGCAUCACGCGGAUGGGAAGUACGUCUUCUGGCCAGACAAGGCUUCUUCCCAUUACGCCAAGAAGACGCUGGCGUAUCUUGAGGAGAAAAAGAUACCGUUCGUGCCGAAAGAUCGUAACCCAACAACUUUGCCCCAGUGCCGCCCAAUAGAGGAUUUCUUUGGCUCACUCAGUGCCCUAGUAUAUAAAAACAAUUGGAGGGCCAAGGAUACGAAGCAACUGACUACAAGAAUCCGGAAUUGUAUCCGGAAAAUGGACAAUAAUAAUAAUAAUAAUAAUAAUAAUAAUAAUAAUAAUAAUAAUAAUAAUAAUAAUAAUAAUAAUAAUAAUAAUAAUAAUAAUAAUAAUAAUAAAAAUAAUAAUAAUAAUAAUAAUAAUAAUAAUAAUAAUAAUAAUAAUAAUAAUAAUAAUAAUAAUAAUAAUAAUAAUAAUAAUAAUAAUAAUAAUAAUAAUAAUAAUAAUAAUAAUAAUAAUAAUAAUAAUAAUGAUAAUAAUAAUAAUAAUAAUAAUAAUAAUAAUAAUAAUAAUAAUAAAAAUAAUAAUAAUAAUAAUAAUAAUAAUAAUAAUAAUAAUAAUAAUAAUAAUAAUAAUUUAAAUAAUAAUAAUAAUAAUAAUAAUAAUAAUAAUAAUAAUAAUAAUAAUAAUAAUAAUAAUAAUAAUAAUAAUAAUAAUAAUAAUAAUAAUAAUAAUAAUAAUCAUAAUAAUCAUAAUAUUAAUAAUAAUAAUAAU